AUUAAGAGCAUGCUACUCUGUAGUUCUCUGCUGCAGAAGACAGAGAGAAAUCCGUGUUACCACAGCAUAUUGUAAAUGUAUGAGAUUUUGCUCAACCGGCUCGGAAAUAAGAAUAGGGAAAGGAGAGCAACUCGAAUCAGAAGCUGCUAGAAGAGUGUGCAGAGUUCUGCAGCAGUUUAUACUCGUUCUUACAAUUUGCCUUCUUCUGACUGGAACACAGAAGGACUGGCAUUUUUUAACCGGGCUUUUCCCAUAAUGGCAUUCUUGUAUUAUGUGACCAGAGCUUGCGCAGGAGGAAAGCAGGCUGCCGAAUUUAGUCUCUGAUCUCUAUUAGCUGUGGCCUAAGGCUAUGCUGAGGUUUAUAUCCCAUUUGUAUUGUUGCAGCUCAAAAGAAGAAUGUUCAGAGGAUGACAAGUGUAUUCUGAGUAGGUAUGUUGUUUCGUUUUCAUAUGAAACCCAUCUUUUUUUUUUCCUGCUACUAUUGGUCAGAAAUCAGGUUAAUAGGUGCAGAACACAGUACAGUGCUGCAGUAUCCCUGUUAAGGUAGAACAAUGGUAUUGCAAGCUGAAGAAAAUAAAAAACCCUAGCUGCUUUUCUUAAAUAAAGCUGCAUUGUGUGGUAUGCACAGUGCAGUCUUAAAAAAAAAUAUAUACUGCAGUCAACGUGUUCCUAACGAGGUGGCACUAUUGUUGAGUUAGAAGGAUAGAAUCAUCAUAUUGCUUUAGGGGACAGGAAGAUUUAAAGGAGGUACCUUGCAGCCCUAUUUUACAGAUUGGAAGCAUCGGUUAAGGGCACUGGCAGAACCGUUCACUUGUUCUCCGCGGCAGCCACUGCUGUGUCAGUACACUGUGGAAUGGAAGUCCUAGUUGGUAGUCUGUUAUGGAAACGCUGUUUACUGUUAUUGUAGUACCGUGGUGACAACAUGCCAUUGAAAUGGAAAACGAGCUCUCCUGCUAUCUGGAAAUUCCCAGUUCCUGUGCUUAAAACAUCCAGGUCAACGCCACUUUCUCCAGCAUACAUAUCUCUAGUGGAAGAGGAAGACCAACACAUGAAAUUAUCUCUCGGAAGCAGCGAAAUGGGCCUCUCAUCCCAUUUGCAGUCUUCCAAGGCAGGAGCUACACGCAUCUUUACCAGCAAUACCCACAGUUCUGUGGUGUUACAGGGCUUUGACCAGCUUCGACUUGAAGGAUUGCUUUGUGAUGUGACCUUGAUGCCAGGUGACACGGAUGAUGCCUUCCCUGUGCACAGAGUCAUGAUGGCAUCUGCUAGUGAUUACUUCAAGGCUAUGUUCACAGGUGGAAUGAAAGAACAAGAUUUAAUGUGCAUUAAGCUUCAUGGCGUGAGCAAAGUCGGUCUAAAGAAAAUUAUUGAUUUCAUUUAUACUGCAAAGCUUUCUCUUAAUAUGGACAACCUUCAAGACACAUUGGAAGCUGCCAGCUUUCUACAGAUUCUGCCGGUUUUGGACUUCUGCAAAGUAUUUCUCAUAUCUGGGGUCACUUUAGACAAUUGUGUUGAAGUUGGGCGGAUUGCCAACACCUACAAUCUGACAGAAGUGGAUAAAUACGUAAAUAAUUUUGUCCUAAAGAAUUUUCCUGCAUUGCUGAGCACUGGGGAGUUCUUGAAACUCCCCUUCGAGCGUCUUGCCUUUGUGCUUUCCAGUAAUAGCCUUAAGCAUUGCACUGAACUUGAGCUCUUUAAGGCUACCUGUCGCUGGCUACGCCUGGAAGAGCCUCGAAUGGACUUUGCUGCAAAAUUAAUGAAGAACAUACGAUUUCCACUGAUGACGCCACAGGAACUUAUUAAUUAUGUGCAAACCGUGGAUUUCAUGAGAACUGACAAUACUUGUGUGAAUCUGCUUUUGGAAGCCAGUAACUACCAAAUGAUGCCAUAUAUGCAGCCAGUGAUGCAGUCAGACAGGACUGCCAUUCGGUCUGACACCACUCAUCUGGUUACGCUAGGAGGAGUGCUAAGGCAGCAGCUGGUUGUCAGCAAAGAAUUGCGCAUAUAUGACGAAAAGGCCCACGAGUGGAAAUCGUUAGCCCCCAUGGAUGCCCCAAGGUACCAGCAUGGCAUUGCCGUCAUUGGAAAUUUUCUCUAUGUCGUUGGUGGACAGAGUAAUUACGACACAAAAGGGAAAACAGCAGUCGAUACAGUCUUCAGAUUUGAUCCUCGAUACAAUAAAUGGAUGCAAGUUGCAUCUUUAAAUGAAAAGCGCACCUUCUUCCACCUAAGUGCCCUCAAAGGAUAUCUGUAUGCAGUUGGCGGGCGAAAUGCAGCUGGCGAACUGCCUACAGUGGAAUGCUAUAAUCCAAGAACCAAUGAAUGGACAUAUGUUGCCAAAAUGAGUGAGCCGCAUUAUGGACAUGCUGGGACUGUGUAUGGAGGAGUAAUGUAUAUUUCAGGAGGAAUUACUCAUGACACUUUCCAGAAGGAGCUCAUGUGCUUUGACCCUGAUACUGACAAAUGGAUCCAAAAGGCCCCAAUGACCACCGUCCGAGGUCUGCAUUGCAUGUGUACAGUGGGAGAAAGGCUCUAUGUCAUUGGUGGCAAUCACUUCAGAGGAACAAGUGAUUAUGAUGAUGUCUUAAGCUGUGAAUACUAUUCACCUAUCCUUGAUCAGUGGACCCCGAUUGCUGCCAUGCUAAGAGGGCAGAGUGAUGUUGGGGUUGCUGUCUUUGAAAAUAAAAUCUAUGUGGUGGGUGGGUAUUCCUGGAAUAAUCGUUGUAUGGUAGAGAUUGUGCAGAAAUAUGAUCCAGAUAAAGAUGAAUGGCAUAAGGUAUUUGAUCUCCCAGAGUCCCUUGGUGGUAUCCGGGCUUGUACACUCACAGUUUUCCCACCUGAAGAAACUACACCAUCACCUUCUCGAGAGUCCCCUCUUUCUGCACCUUAAGAACAUCGCCGAAACUAAGAUGCUGUAGUCCUAUCUUUGCAAUGUGUCAUGGAUUCUCUUCUGCCCCCCACCCCAUUAGUAGUAUAUGUUAGAAUUAGCCUCCAAUCAUCGAUACAGAUAUUGGGAAAAAAGAUGAUGUUGAUGUUAUUUGUGCUGUUUGUUUGGCUUAGAAUGUUUAUAAAGUGGUAACACAAACAUUCUGGAUUGUAUCCCAUAGAAGCUGAUGUUUAACAUAUAAAAAAAAAAGGUAUUGUCUAUAAAAUAUUCAUUCAGUACUUUUCUUGAUGCUGUGUACUGAGUGUAAGAUAUUUGUCAUCUCACAUUAGAAAGACCAGUAAGUCAAGUUGGAGGUGAAUUAUAGUAAAUGUACAACUGUGCUCACUAGGCUUCAAAGUAAAAAGUUUUCCUUUCAUCUUUGACUGUAAGAUGUCAAAGGGAGGCAGCCUACUCCAACAGGAAACAACACACAAAAGGUUGCCAACUCGCAUGAGCUACCUCCCUCUUCUCAUGAAGUAUUUUUGACAUAUCUGUCAACCCACCUGACUGUGUGGGUGCAUUGAGAACACAUACAGUUUCUUAGACACACAGGAGAAAUAAUAAAUAAAAUUUGCCAAUAGUAAUGAAAACAAAAAACACAGCAUAACCAGCCCCUCUACCUAUAGCGAAGGGUUUGGAGCUUUUGAAGUAUGUGUAAAUUCAUAGACACACAUACAGAUACGAAAUAAUGAAGUGUACGGUUUUUAAAACUGAAUGACACUUCAAAUAAAUGUGAAGUUUUUAAAAAAAUUCUUGCAAAAAGCAGCUUCUAUGAAAAUGGGGAUUCAGUGUGUACAUAUAAUGGUACAACCAUACUGAAUUGAGGUGGAUAAGGGCUAGAAAUUUUGAGCAACAAAUUUUACCUUCAAAAAUUGUAUUCUCCUCCUUCUCCUUUGGUGUUGAGGUAACUUAAGUGUUGUAUGUAUUCUGUAUACUCUGAGUUCAUAAGGUUGUUUAGCACAAAGUGCAGCAGCUGGACCUGGAGAGCUGCUUUUGCUCAGUGAAUUCCACUUUCAUGUUUUAUCUUUUUUUUUUUUUUGGUAAAUAAAAUAUCAUUCAAUGUCA